GCAUCUAUCGGAUGCAUUUACUAACAGAAAAGAAAAACUUUCUUUCCAAGUUUCCGAAGACUGUUUGUUCCUAAACGUGUACACGCCUGUCAGCUCAGACAUGGACAUGUUACCUGUCAUGGUAUGGAUCCAUGGAGGUGGAUUAGUGAUUGGUGCAGCUUCAACAUAUGAUGGGUCAGCACUAUCAGCCUUUGAAAAUGUGGUGGUUGUAACAAUUCAGUACAGACUCUGGGAGGAGUUUUGUGAUGAUGAGUUAAUGUUUAAAAUUGCUAAGGUAUCUGGCUGCCAAUCAACCAGCUCUGCUGCAAUGGUUCAUUGUCUGAGGGAAAAGACAGAGGAAGAAAUGAUGGAAAUAACGCUGAAGAUGGACUUCACAACAGUAAAGUUAAAUGCUGCAUCAUCUGGAGACUUUGACAAGUCCCUAUUAAUCUCUGCAGUUUUGGAUGGUGUAUUUUUUCCUAAGAGCCCUGAGGAGCUACUGGCUGAAAAAGCAAUCAAUGCAGUCCCAUAUAUAAUAGGAGUAAAUAACCAUGAAUUUGGAUGGCUAAUUCCUAAUAUGUUCAAAUAUCCUGCUUUCACUGAAGGGUUGGACAAAGAAACAGUAACCUCACUGCUAGUGGCCUCAGAGCUCUUUACACAUGUUCCUGCUGAGUUCACUUAUCUAUUAACUAAUGAAUAUCUAAGCAAUAUAGAGGCGCGUACCCAGCUACGAGAUAGGCUUUUUGAAUUGAUGGGAGAUGCAAUAUUUGUUGUUCCAAGCAUUCAAACAGCUAGAUAUCACAGAGAUUCUGGCAGCCCAGUCUACGUUUAUGAUUUUCAUCAUCGAUCAAGUUCAUAUGAAGGUGUUAGACCAGACUUUGUAAAAGUGGAUCACGGCGAUGAAAUUGGCUAUGUUUUUGGAAAGCCCUUCUUAGCUGGUGAUGCUACAGAAGAAGAGGGUAAACUCAGCAAAACAAUUAUGAAAUACUGGGCUAAUUUUGCUCGAAAAGGAAAUCCUAAUGGUGAAGGUUUGGUGAGAUGGCCAGUGUAUAAUGUGGAUGAACAAUACCUUAUAAUAGACAUAAAGCAGAAAGCAGCAAAGAAAUUGAAACAGAACCGAGUGGAGUUCUGGACAAAGACCCUGCCUAAAAAGAUGGCUGAAGGAAAGAGAAAAUACCAAGAGUUAUGAAGUCUGAGAAGCAUAUGAGUUGCUUUUAGCACAGUGAAAUAAAACAAGAUCACUUCAUCUGAA